AUGCCCGAUUCAAGCAUGAACCCCUUUGAGGGAUCGCCCUUGGAGCUGAUCCAAGACGACGUUCACCGUCCUUGGUUUACUGGUGCGGCUGCUGGCAUGGCCAUCAACAAGCGCAGUAACCAGUGCCGAGCGCUUGUCAAGUUUGUCGACCAGAAGCUGCGUCCAGCAUAUAGCAACUGGACCAACAACGGCGUCCCAAUUCCCCUCGGUACCAAGGGCAAAAAGGACUGCGUCAGCCUGUGGAAUGGCAUCUGGCAACAGGUGGAACUCGGCAUCAUAAACCAUCUUGCCAUGAACCCCGAGUUGGUCAACGGCCCCCCCAUUCCCAUGGCCACCGAGCUCAGCAAGCUCGUUCACGUGAUCGGCGGCGUGCAGUUCACAUACACGUUCACCUCCGCCAUCACCCACCUUCCGCGCUGGAAGAAUGUCCGUACCUUUUGA